UGAUCACAGCAGUAGUGAGUCGCCCACUGUCACAGUCACAACACUGUGACAUUCACCAGGGAUUCUCAGUUUUCUUCUUUUUGUCUUUUUUUUUUUUUUUUUUUCUGUCAAACAGGCUUAGAUUGAAGCAUCCCUUAAAGCAGGUUAUUAUCGGGAGAUCUGAGGAGGUUUAUUGUUCCACCUAUACCGGCUGUUAGGACAUCAUGACAGCCGAAAAGACGAUUCCCACAAUCAAUGGAAAAACAGACGACACGAUGGAUGCCGAGGCAUCGAACACGAGAGUGGUGUGCAGCAAUGAUAAGAAAGUGGUGAAUGAGAGGGGGCAGUGGAAUAAUAAGGUCGAGUUUGUGCUAUCAGUGGCUGGAGAGAUUAUCGGACUUGGCAAUGUUUGGAGGUUCCCAUAUCUGUGUUACAAGAACGGUGGAGGUGCUUUCUUUGUGCCUUAUGUCAUCUUCUUCAUCUGCUGUGGUAUCCCAGUCUUCUUCCUGGAAACAGCAUUAGGUCAGUUCACUAGUGAGGGGGGCAUAACAUGUUGGCGAAAAGUCUGCCCACUCUUUGAAGGCAUUGGCUAUGCGACCCAAGUCAUUGAAGCCCAUCUGAACGUUUAUUAUGUGGUCAUAUUGGCUUGGGCUAUUUUCUACUUGUUCAACUGCUUUACAACAGAGCUGCCCUGGGCAUCAUGCGGCCACUACUGGAACACAGAAAACUGUGUGGACUUUAACAAUGCCAGCAUUGCCAACCUCAGCAACCCAUAUGCCACAUCACCAGUCAUGGAGUUCUGGGAACGCCGUGUUCUCAGCAUAUCCUCUGGAAUUGAGGAAAUCGGCAGUCUUCGCUGGGAACUUGCUAUCUGUCUUGCUAUAGCCUGGGUCAUAUGUUAUUUCUGCAUUUGGAAAGGUCCCAAAUCAACUGGAAAGGUGGUGUAUGUCACUGCAACCUUUCCGUAUUUCAUGCUGUUGAUCCUUCUUCUGCGAGGAAUCACGCUGCCUGGUGCUGCUAAUGGAAUUAAGUUCUACCUGUACCCUGACAUCUCUCGCCUGUCUGACCCUCAGGUGUGGGUGGAUGCUGGCACUCAAAUCUUCUUCUCAUAUGCCAUCUGUCUGGGCUGUCUGACUGCGCUCGGCAGCUACAACAGCUAUAAUAACAACUGCUACAAGGACUGCAUCAUGCUGUGCUGUCUGAACAGUGGCACAAGUUUUGUGGCAGGAUUUGCCAUCUUUUCUGUGCUGGGCUUCAUGGCGUAUGAACAGAAUGUACCAAUAGAGGCAGUGGCAGAGUCGGGUCCUGGUUUAGCAUUCAUAGCAUACCCUAAGGCUGUGACCAUGAUGCCAUGGUCUCCGUUGUGGGCCUGUCUUUUCUUCUUGAUGCUCAUCUUCCUCGGACUCGACAGUCAGUUUGUGUGUGUGGAGAGUCUUGUGACUGCAAUUGUGGACAUGUAUCCGAAGACCUUCCGUGUGGGCUACCGGAGAGAGCUUCUCAUUCUUGGCAUGUCUGUGGCCUCGUUCUUCCUGGGUCUUAUAAUGUUGACAGAGGGUGGCAUGUAUGUCUUCCAGCUCUUUGACUCGUAUGCAGCCAGUGGCAUGUGUCUGUUAUUUGUAGCCAUCUUUGAGUCCAUCUGCAUUGGCUGGAUCUAUGGUAGCGACAGGUUUUAUUUGAACAUUGAGGAUAUGAUUGGAUACAAACCCAUCUUCUUAAUCAAAUGGUGCUGGAAGUUCUUCACUCCAGGCAUCUGUGCAGGCAUAUUUCUGUUCUUCUUAAUCAAGUACAAGCCUUUGAAAUAUAAUAAUGUGUACACAUAUCCAGACUGGGGUUAUGGGAUUGGUUGGAUGAUGGCCAUGUCUUCUAUGGUGUGCAUUCCUCUGGGAAUCUUAUUUCAGAUCUGGAAAACGAAAGGCACUUUCUGUGAGAGAAUCAAAAAGCUGACCACCCCCAGCUCUGACCUGAGAAUGAGGGGUCGACUCGGAUCCAGGGGUCCCUGCGCUAUCAAUGACGCUAAUGCCAAAAUGAGGGCGGGCGGCAAAAUCUCCACCAUCACAGAGAAAGAGACGCAUUUCUAAACCCAAGACACAGACAUCACUGACACGAGAGACAGAAAAAAUAAGAAAUAAAUAUGUUUGCCAUUAUUUUUUAAGAAAGAAAACUAUGAUCACAUUUGUAGUCUUGCUUGUGUGCACAAACAGGUAACACAUCAUAAUUUAACAUCAUGAUUAAAAUUGUUUUGUAUCAGUGUAUCUAAAUCUAGAUAAAAUUGUUGUCAUAUCACGUAACUUUUUGUCACGUUAGUCAUUCUUUUUUUCUUUCUUUCUAUUUUUUUUUUAAAGAAAGAUGCCAAGAAAUAAUGUGCUGUGAAAUGUUGUUACACAUUGACUCUUGGUCCCGUGCAGAUUACAUUAUAGUUAUAUUCUAAUUGGUAGGAGAUCUACUGAGGACCAUUCCAAAUGUUGACUGUGUGUUUAAAGGUGAGGCUCAGUGUUGUUGGAUGUGCUGUGGUUCUCUGUGCUUCAGCUAGCACUGACUCAUGGGGCGAGCAUGACGUAGCAAGCCCAUUCUCCACGGUUUCUUUAGUGGCUCAAAUACUUGGCCAUUUCACACCAAUUAAACUGAGUUUAAUUGAAGGUGACAGACCAAACACAGUUUAUCACUUUUUCUCAUUUUGGCUAAGGGUCCAAAGAGUCAUUCAUACACACUCUUUAAGUUAAUGAACACUGAAUCUUUAUACUGUGAUUCUUUUGUAGCCUUUAAAGGAAUAGUUCACCCAAAUGACAAAAUUCUGGCACCAUUUACUCACCCUGAUAUUGUUUCAAAUCCUCCAUAAAAAAACUAAAUAAGAAUCUCCAAGCUGCUAUUUUUUCAUACAAUGUACUGUAAGUUUGUAUUUUUAUUUUUUAUUUUAUUUUUGCACACACUCUCUACACUGGUUUAGCGGCCUAUUUACUGAUUAAAUUACACAGAUAAGGCAAUGACAAAAAAACUUAACCAAAAAAUCGCUGCUGAACGCAAUUUGCAUAAGCAAAAGGAUGCCGCAGACCACUGUAUUUGACACACCCUACCGGGACUGUACAGCAUCACUGUGAUCCAUCCACCUGAAUCAUCUCAUAAAGGGCCUGCUUUUUUAUUUUUUAUUUUGCCUAGGGCCCCCAGAGUCCCUAGAAUCACCUCUGGAGGAAAUAAUUAAUGGUAUAGAUUCAGUAAAGGAGAGAUUUUGUGUGGAAAGAUUAAUUCAGUGCAAAGUAAAAAUGGGCCUAAGAAUUCAAAUUAAUGAAAGGAAUCUGAUCCCCAAUGAGAGUUUGCAAGCGACAAGGGGUAUAAUGGUUUAAUUUCUAUUUUAAGGUAUUAUAGCCUAGUCAUUGACAUCCAUUAAGUCAUGAGCAAGCAGUGGAAAUGUGUUUGAAUGACCCUAGCAAUCCAACAGCCUUAAGUACCUCCAUCAAGUGUGCUGGAUCUGGAUUGUAGUAUCACAGUUAUGAACAAUUUAGUGUUUAGUGUAGUAUUCUCAGGAUGCACUGUGAGCCCUUUGCACAUGCAUGCAAUCUUUGGACUGGUCUGUUCCAUCGUGACAUCAUCAGUUUGUGCAAGUAAACUUGUGUGUGAUUUAAUGGCCAGUUAACCUUUCAGACAUAUGUAUAUUUUUUACAUUACUUUAGGUUUUUGUGUACUAUUUCUUGAUGACAAAAAAAAAAAAACCUUGUUUCUCUGAAGACUUUUAUAUGUCAUUCACCAGUGUUCAGGAUGUAUGAUGGAAUUGAUAUGUGCUGUUUACUAGGGCUGGGCGAUACAUCGAAUACCCAUGAUAUAAUCGCGAUGAAUUUGCUGACGAUGUAAAUUCAACAAUAUCGUGAAUAUCGCGAUGAUUUUAAUUAGCCUUUUUUUUUUUUUUUUUUUUUAAGUUUCAUAGAGUGCAUCAGUAGACUAAUUUCACGAUCCUUCAGGGCUGUUUGAUUAAUCAAAAUAACAUCAAAAUUUAGAUAUGAUCAUAUGUAAUUAUUUAACUGCCAAAGGAUGCGAUUAAAGACAGAUAAACAUGGUCUGUGUGCGCUUCAGUAUGAACCGGAGAUGCACUGAUCUGUGUGCACGGGUGCGGAUUGUGUUUUUGGAGCAAUUCACCUGCAUUGUGAAGUACAGCCAGUUCAAGCAUUCGUGCAAUUACAAACAUUAGUAACUGCUAUUAAGUUAUUAUACAAAUCUACAAACGCGGAACAGUAAAGUAGUGUUUGACAGCGGUUCACAAGAUGUGAAACUCAUGACUGUUAAACAAACUUUGCCCUUUCCGUUUCAUAAUAAAAGCUCCUGGUGAAGGUGAAACAUGACUGCAAGCAGUGUCAAAAUAAAAACCCCAGUUUAGGGUGAAGUAAAUAGGGCAGAAAUAUAUAAAUUUAUCUUGAAUAAAUCUUAUCCUGAAAAUAAUAAUUCAGUAUUAUAUUAUAAUAAUAAACUUGGGUUCCACAGUAAUAAUUUAAAAGGCUACUAUGCAAUAUUCAUCUGGUUUCCAAAAAAAUUAGUGUAGUAGUUUUUGCACACCUUGCUCAUUCACAAAGAAAAAUGUUUUAGUAAAAAUAUAUUAAGGUAAAUAAGAUUUGUAUUAACCUUCCAUAUAUGAUUGUACGUUAAAGGUGCAGUAUGUAAGAUUCAGAAACCCUUGUUAUUAAUGACACCUGUGGCCGUUAAGUGAACUGCAGCCAGCUACAUGUUGCUUGUGUUUGUGCACACAUUCCAUAGGGACACGAGCUAGCCAGCAUCGACCAAAACAAUGACGUAACAUACAAAGAGACUGAACGUGAUUCACCGACAUCAUGCUGACAAAUGAAGUAGCAUAAUUAAAAUUAAACAGUUAUGAUUUUUUUACUACAAACUUUGAGACUGUAUAUUAUAUUUGACUCUCCAGUGCUGGAACAGGGCUAAAACAAAGUGUGGAUAUAGGUCUGACUAUGCGAGACUGUAGUUUGAAGUAAUCACUUUUCUUUGCAUGAUAAAUUGACUGCAUUUAUACGAUAGCCUAUGUUGGCGUUAGCUAGCUAGCCAGCUUUAUCAAUAGCUGUUUGCUAAAUUUGGUGGAUGAUGACAGUAGCUGUUUAUAAAAUAGCCUGUACAUUAUAAAUAUGUUGACACAAUUCAGUAUUGAUGUGAUUCCAUCACAACUGUCAUUUUGAUAUAUCAGUGUGCUAUUGUUUUAUAAUAAUAGAAUGUACAUAUUUUCUGUAUAACCAAAUUACAUUACACUAAUGAAUUGAGCUCUUUUUGCAUUAUCUUGAACAUUGUCUAGCAUUCAUUUCAUGUGUUAUUGUAGUUUAGCUAAAAUAACACAGAUCAAUCCUUAUAGCACUAUAUUUCACAUGCUUUGCAGUUACGUAAGCUUACCUGUCCAAUAAGAAGAACACCAAUUCAGGGUGAGUUUUGAUCCCCAAAACCAAAGGAAGGUCCCUCCAGGAAUCAAAUGCCCUGCCGAUGUUCACUCUAGUUUUCGCUCAACCACGAUCACGUUCCUGCUUAGCCAGACGGGAAUCAAUAGUUAAAUGUUUUUUGGGCUUAUUCGGAGUUUGUGUAGGAGUUGGUGUUGUGCUGGGAGCCGGCCGUUUGCUGGAUCCCAUCUCUAUAACACCGUUACCUAGUGUUGCAGUUUGUUGUCGCUGUUGAAUAGCGGAAGAGAAGCUACUGUCUGAGGCAAGGCUCUCGGGAGCUCGCAUAAAUGUCACAUCCUUUGGAUUUUCCCGGCAAAAGCAACCCGCUCCCUUCGCAUGAAAAUCUGUCUACAGGCUUUAAUAGCAACCUAGGAAGUCCGGGAAGGGCAAAUUUUUUAAUGCUGCGUUACAAGCCGUUCACACAUUGGCAAAAAAAAAGGGCGAAUAUUAAAUGAAGAUUGUUACAUACUGCACCUUUAAAUAUAAGUAUAAAUGUGCAAAUCAAUGAAAAUGAUUACAUUUUACUUUCCCUUGUGUUCAUUUAUUGAAAAACUGUGGGAAACAUGCUGUCAUAAUUUUUAAAUAGAUUUUUAUUUAAUGCCUUUGAAAUAUUAAUUCUACAUGGCUACAAUGGCUGUUUAGUUUAAAAGAUGGUUCCUCUGAUAAAAAAAAAACAAAAAAACUUUUAUGCUAUUUCAGAUCAAAAACACAAUUAUCGAGAUAUAUAUCAAAUAUCGUCAAUUUGCUGAAAAAUAUCGAGAAAUAAAUUCUGAAGCCAUAUCGCCCAGCCCUACUGUUUCCACAGAUUUUGUUAUUCACAGGACAUGAAUUGUCUGCUUACUCAUUUUUAAAAAUAAAAGUUAAAAACUGA